UCUGCCACUACUCUACAGUACAGUGCGCCGCGAUUGCAGCCAGUCGGAACGUCCGAAACGGACGCACCCGUAGCGAAUGCUCAAAGUGUUGGAUGUUCAAAGACGAGAUCGAAUAGUCGAGAUACAUCCGAUGUUGCGUUGUCGAAUUUACUACUGGCGAACAAUAGGCUGGGAAUCCGUCAACCACCACACUACAACGAAGCGAUAUCGAUCACGUCGAAACGAACGAGCACGGCCACCAUCAACGAUGAAUACCAUUCAGCGCAGCAUCGACCGAAUGUGAAUCCGAAUCAAAAACCACGAUGGACAACUGUAACUGGUACCGGAAUUGCGUGUGCAGCAGAUUGCAUCACGUCGAGAUGCGCAAACGACGGCUCGAUCAGUAAUGAUAUCCUCUCAACGUGUUCACCACCUCUGCAACAUUCAGACGCACAUUUGGCUCGAUCAGAGCCGAAACUUGAUCAGAAGGUGAUUCAGUUGAUGGCAAUGAUUUCAUUCCGUUUCUUCCCUAUUUUGGUAUGA